AUGGCUGAAAACAAAUUCACUCUCAAGGCAGUGCCUGAGAUUGUCUUCGACUUUAGCUUGCCUCCCAAGGCCGAUGCCCUCUCCGCAGACGAAGAAAUGGCGUUGACUCGAACUGUUGCUAGCUACCCGGACCUCAGCCUCGGGGAGAGACGACAGUUGCUCAGUCGGUAUCGCAAGCUCGCUCCCGAACUUCGAAUUGCAAUCUGCUCCAUGGCCAUGGAGAAACCCAACCUCCACUUCUUCGCAGUCCAAAUUCCACAGGGAAGAGGCGUCGGCGCCUGGUUCAACGAAGAGGGCCAGCCGACAGUCCAGCUAACGGAGCUACGUUAUCACAGAGCCGUCCAUGAGUUCGACGACCCCUACAUCAGCUACUUCCCCAAGGGAAAGCGCUCUGCCUAUCUGGCCUGGUCGGACCUCGCCCGGAAGCGGGGCUUCGGCAAGGACAACUUGCAGAUGACCAUGCUGAAUCCCCUGACCGUGGCCAACCGCACCGGCGCCGGCAUCACCAUCGACGCUUCCACGGACGUGCUCUACCUGAAGUUCCACUACAAGGAGGAUAAGAAGACCCACUUCACCCCGUUCCCCGCGUACUGGAUGCUGAUCAUGGACUACUCCGCCUUGGGCGGCAUCCGCCACAUCGCGCUCGAGUUCCAGAUGCCGAGUGACAAGUGCAUCUACUGGCCGACCGAGGAUAAGCGAGUGCCGCUGGGACGAGGCCAGGGACCGCAGCAGUGCAUCUGCGGCCUGUGCGGUAAGCACCAGUCUACUCACAGCAAGGCCACCAUGGCGAAAUACUGGCUGAUUGUUGACUUCCUCCAUUGCCUUGGAAACCUCGAGACCGUCUAUCUCGUCUUCACCAAUGUCAAGCAGGGUCCUGUGGACCAUCUCUGCGAUGAGCACUACACCGCCAGCGGAGUGGCUGAUCCCAAGGGCAUCAACCAGCCUAAUCGCUGGGAGGCGUCGUCAGGCAAGGUUUUCCACUGCGAGGGAGGCAGCCUCCGCGAGCUGCGAGGCAACCACAUCAUCCUCUCGCUCGCGCCCGUCGUCAACAUCGUGCACGCCUACUACAUGUUCCACUCGCACACGUCCAUCUACGGCACCACCGCGUCGUCCACGAGACCCCGCGCUGAGCGUGCCCAGGUCAAGUUCAAGCUGGCGGUUUGGGCGUCGGACGAGUGAUAUAUUCGCUUGCGCGGCUGCCUCACCCCGCCGGUUCCCUCUUACUUUCCUAAUACGGCGCGGAAAUAUGGACGUUGUGGUUUCUCCUUCCUGGCUUGAUUUUGUUUCAAACACAUUGACGUCCUGGUAUCGGUUGUUCCUGUGCUGCAUGUCCCCCUGAGAUUAUGCUGGCCGGACUUCGGAAAGGAACAGUCAUGGAUGUUUGUCCUUUUGCUUCCCUUUUUUGGUUGUAUGACCUGAUGUCACGAUGGACGGUGCUCCCUGCCCUUGGUAGGGCAACCUCUCAGCUUUGAGAGAGCCAUUGGCUCUUGCCAUGACCACGACAUGGCUGUUAUUGACGUCGGCUAGUUUUUCCAGGUUUUCUCACCCCCUUUUUCUUUUGUUGCUUACAUCCUGGCUGCUCCAGGUCACAACCCUGGAUCGAUUCUCGGACCACA